CUCUCUCUCUCUCUCUCUCUCUCUCUCUCUCUCUCAAAUAGCUCAUGGGUUCCAGUAACUACCGCGGAGGAUCCCAGAGGUUGAAAGACUUGGCGCAACAGCUUAGUAUCUACAAGCCUCUUCACCCUCUAAACGACACCAAAAACAAGAAUCCCAAUGAAGACCCAACAAUUCGAGACACAUCAGAUAAGUUGUUUCCCGAAGAAUUCGAUUCGAACACCGAAUCUGCGACAAACCCAAUUGCGAACCAAUCUGAAAGAUUGAGAUCCAACAGAGCCGCAGUUCUGAUCUGCAUCUUCGAAGGCGAAAAUGGUGAUCUUCGUGUAAUUCUCACCAAGCGAUCUUCAACACUUUCGUCUCACUCUGGAGAUGUUUCGUUGCCUGGUGGGAAGACAGAGAAAGGCGAUGUUGAUGACAUUGAGACGGCGUUGAGGGAAGCUAAGGAGGAGAUAGGGUUGGACCCUUCACUUGUCAAUGUUGUUACUGUUCUUCAACCCUUUAUAACCAAGCGUGGUAUGACGGUAGUUCCUGUGAUGGGCAUACUUUAUGAUAAGCAAGCAUUCAAACCUGUUCCAAAUGCUGCAGAAGUGGAAGCCAUUUUCGAAGCUCCAUUAGAAAUGUUUCUCAAGGUAUUCCUCUGUCAAAUGCGUCAAUGUUGAUCAAAAUUACACAGUUUAACAACUUUAUCAGUCACUCUCCCUCGUAUUUCUCAAGGUAUUCCUCUCACCCUUUUUGGUUUUGAUUUGCCUUAAUUGAUUUUAAUUCACUUGUUAUGUUGAUGGAUUCAGGAUGAAAAUCGAAGAGCAGAAGAGAGAGAAUGGCUGGGGGACAAGUAUCUGCUCCAUUUCUUCGAUUAUGAAGCAGAGAAUAAGAAGUAUGUCAUAUGGGCCUUAACUGCUGGAAUUUUAAUCCAGGCUGCAUCAAUAGUGUACCAGCGGUCACCAGAAUUUCAAGAGCAGAAGCCUAAAUUUUGGAACAGAAGUGGCCUCUGAUCAUCCUGAAGCCACGAAUCCAGAGGCCGAUUCUAAUCACCUAUGCAACAUGAUUCUAAUCAGCAUCAACUGGAGGUUUUUUCGGGCAGAAUACCUAAAUAUUGAAAUAUUUCAGCCAUUUGAUUGGUGUUAGGAUCAGAAGAUGUUAGUGAAAUCAAAUUGGAAUCUUUACAAACAUGACCAAUGCAAACACUGUUGAACAUUCUACCUGCUAG